AUGGCGGACAAGGAGAACGCAGCUCCCUCGGCGGGGGCCCGGGCCGCGGCGGGGCCCCGGCUCACGCGGGCCGCGGCGAAGCGCGCGGCGGCGGUGGCGCCGGCGGAGGGUCCCGGCGACGCCAAGCGGAGGCGGGUGGCGCUCGGGGAGCUCCCGGCGCUCGCCAACAACGCCGCCGCCCUCCGCGCGCCGUCCCGCCCCGUCAAGCCCUCGACGCCCGCGUCCAGGCCCGGGAGGCACGCGAGGCCCGGCGCGUCGGAGGCCCGCGGGCCCGCCGCCGCCGCCGAGGCCGAGCGCUGCGCGUCCUCCUCCCCGCCGCGCGCCGCCGAGUCCAACUCCGCCUCCUUCUCCGCGCCGCGCGCCACCGCUGACACCGACUCCUCCGCCUCCUCCUCGCCGCCGCGCGCCACCGCCGCCGCCGCGGCGGCGGCGCCCGCCGACCCCCAGCUCUGCGGGUCCUACGCCUCCGACAUCUACACCUACCUCCGCUCCCUGGAGGUGGAACAGCGGCGGCGGUCCAGAUCCGAUUACAUCGAGGCGGUGCAGGCGGACGUUACGGCCCACAUGCGGAGCAUCCUCGUCGACUGGCUCGUCGAGGUCGCCGAGGAGUAUAAGCUCGUUGCUGACACGCUCUACCUCGCCAUCUCCUAUGUCGAUUGCUUCCUCUCUGUCAAUGUGCUCGGCCGUGACAAGCUGCAGCUCCUUGGCGUUGCCUCCAUGCUCAUUGCUGCGAAGUACGAGGAGAUCAGCCCGCCUCAUCCUGAGGACUUCUGCUACAUCACAGACAACACCUACACCAAAGAGGAGCUCCUCAAGAUGGAGAGCGACAUACUCAAGCUUCUCAAGUUCGAGUUGGGCAAUCCUACCAUCAAGACCUUCCUGAGGCGGUUCACAAGAUCUGCUCAUGAAGACAAGAAGCGCUCCAUCUUGUUAAUGGAAUUCUUGGGGAGCUACCUCGCUGAGUUGAGCCUACUAGAUUAUGGCUGUCUCCGGUUCUUGCCAUCUUUUGUUGCUGCUUCAGUUAUGUUUGUUGCUAGGCUGACCAUUGAUCCAAAUGUCAAUCCUUGGAACACGAAGUUGCAGAAGAUGACAGGCUACAAAGUUUCUGAACUCAAGGAUUGCAUUGUAGCCAUACAUGACUUGCAGCUCAACAGGAAAUGUCCAUCAUUAAUGGCAAUUCGAGACAAGUACAAGCAACACAAGUUCAAAUGUGUGUCAACGCUUCUUCCCCCUGUUGUGAUCCCUGCUUCAUACUUUGAAGACUUAGAUGAGUAG